AUAAAGCAUAAAGCUGCAGCCAUGAUGGAUGGAAUCGAUGACAGCCCUGACCUCUUGGCAGAGGAUCAGGAAAACAAGAGCCGUUCAGAUACGGUUGACCUUACUGAUACAUCUUUGCUGGUGGACAUUUCUGAUGCCCUCAGCGAAAGGGAAAAGGUCAAGUUUACGGUCCACACAAAGACCACCCUACAGCACUUCAAAAACUCUGAGAUGUCUGUCGUGAGACAACAUGAGGAAUUUGUGUGGCUACAUGACCGCUUUGUCGAGAAUGAGGAAUAUGCAGGCAUAAUCAUACCCCCUGCACCGCCAAAACCGGACUUCGAUGCCUCUCGAGAGAAACUUCAAAGACUUGGAGAAGGAGAGGGAACGAUGACAAAGGAAGAAUUCACAAAAAUGAAGCAAGAGCUUGAAGCAGAGUAUCUGGCAACCUUCAAAAAGACCGUUGCCAUGCACGAGGUGUUCCUGCAGAGGCUGGCGGCUCAUCCCGUCCUCAGGCACGAUGUCAACUUUGAAGUCUUCCUUGAGUUCAGUGGAGAUAUGAGUGUGAGAGGCAAAAACAAAAAGGAAAAGCUUGGAGGAUUCUUCAAAAGCAUUACCAAGUCUGCAGAUGAAGUCAUGAUCUCUGGACAAAAGGAUGUGGAUGAAUUCUUUGAGUCUGAGAGAGUUUUUCUGGUGGAGUACCACAACAAGAUCAAGGAUGCUACAGGGAAGUCAGACAGAAUGACCAAAGUCCACAAGAAUGUGGCUGACUCAUACAUCCAGAUUUCAACUGGACUGGUUCAACUAGCAACUAUUGAAAAUACUGAACUUGACAGAGUAUUCAGCAAAGUUGCAGAAGCCCUUGAGAAAGCUAGGAAACUGGAAGGCAGAGUGGCCUCUGAUGAAGACUUGAAGCUGAGUGACACGUUGAGGUACUACAUGAGAGACUCUGUUGCAGCCAAAGAUUUACUGUACCGCCGGAUGAGGUCGCUGGUGGACUACGAGAACGCCAACAAAGCUUUGGAGAAGGCGAGGACGAAGAACAAGGAAGUUGCUGCGGCGGAGAAGUGUCAAGAAAAUUGCUGCAAGAAAUUUGAAAGAAUAUCUGAAGUGGCCAAAAAAGAAAUUCAAGAGUUCAAGACCAGGAGAAUAGCAUACUUUAGAAAACAUCUAGUGGAAGUUGUUGAGUUGGAAAUGAAACAUGCAAAAGCUCAAGUGCAGUUACUUAAGAAUUGUAUCACAGCCUUGCAAGAAAAGGAAGACUAAAGAAGUCAAAUCUGUGAGAAAGAACUGCUUGUUUUCUGGACUGAGCCAUUGAUUGAUGUGAGAUAUUGGAAUCAAUGUUGCUAGAAGAAUAGAACAACUGUGUCUGUUAUCGCCAGCAGUUGCUUCUCGUUGUCCAGCACUCCAGCCAGGGAAUCAAAAGGACCACUCAGUUUGAAUGGAGCGAAGUUUUGAAUUUAGUGUGAUGUAUAAAUCGUUUGUGAAAUUGCAAAACAUGUAGUUCAAGUUCUAAUUUUCCAGGAAACACAUAAGUCUUAGGCUUCUGGUAUCGUUUCGUGUUGUACAUUAGGUUCUAGAAAUUUGGUUCGGUUUUGAGUACGAACAGAGCAUCUCUGUUAUUGCUUUUGUAGUUGAAAGUUAGUGGAUGAAGGCACUUACAAAAAAGCGUGGGCCAGUACUUCUUGAACUUACAGUUUUGCUUAUUUCACUAACAAUAUCAAAGCCUUUUUGCGUUGUUAUGUGAAUAUGCGUUUAUAUGUGUUUUUGAUAAAUAAUGAAUACAUCGCUUUGUAGGUGUAUGUUUUAAAAUUAAUGAAAUUACUGCAAUGUGAUAGACCUGUUGAAUUGAUUUUGAAGGUUUUUCUCUUUCUUUUUUUUUCUUAUAGCAAUCUUGUUGUGAGUGAUAGUACUUGAACUUAGGGGGAAUUUGUAAGGUUUUCAUAUCUGCACUCGAAUAAGGUAUAUAAGUGUACGCAUAAAAAACUGAAAUUAUAGUUCCUGUUGUAAAAGUCAUAAUGACUUUCUUUCUCUAACAGCAGUGUUUUUUAUGUUUGUGAGAUAGUUGUAACAUUUUCAAGGCUUUUCCACCGCUUGGCUCUGACCUGUGAAAGAUGGAUGUUGAGUUUGGAGGUCUUGCCUUUUAGAUAACCUUUGUAGUGUUAUAUAUAGCAUUCUAUACUAGUUUUGACUGAACUGCUAAUUCAUGGUUACAUCUGUUCUAAAUAUAAUGAUUAUAAAACCUUUUAAGAUAUCUCUCAACAGCUCAUUUAGUUGGUCUACAUCUUUAUGAGUUUGUUCAACUUACCAGUGUUGAGUUCCCUACUUUAAAUACAGUUUGUGCUAGGAGAGAUUACGGAUGAAGCAGUGGUUUUGUGCAGGUUGAAAUAAAGCGAAUUGCAACAGUAUUGAACUUUUGGUGCUAGGAGAAAGCACAACAACAAAUAAAGAUUAAAGGUGGGUUCGAAAGAGGUUUGAUGAGAAGCAUUAUCUGAUCACCAAGGGAAAAUGAAUGUUUACAACAGAUUGGAUGCGUGUGCUAGUUCAGACUACAUAGGAUAUCAUGCAGAUGGGGUCGGGUAAAAUAUAUUUUUGUUUGCACAUGGCGUGAUUUAGGGCGUACAUGUUGGUAUAAUGCAUUUUGUGAUGGUUUGAAACAGGACCAAAGAUAUGUCGACAGUCUCGCUAUGGUUUGCUCUAUUCUAUCUCUCUGGAAUAAUGAAACGGUGUUGUUGAUUUUUUUCUCUUGCCAUCAAUUUCAGCUUGCACCAAGUAAAAGUAUGGUGUUGAUGAAAGACAUCUGUGACAAAGAGGUUUUUAAAAUGUGAUGUAGUAUAUUUGUACCGCAUGAAAGUCUGCUAAGUGAUGGGCUUUGAAUUUGGUUGCUGAAAACAUUGCACAAACUACUAAUGUACAUGAAAUUUUGUAUAUUACUAUUGCUGACUAUUGUUAUCAUGCCUUGAGAAUUGGGACUGUAUGAUAGAACCUGCUUGGGGUUGUUUGGUUUUUUUUCAUGACUGAUUGUCGUUUGUGGAAAUAGCAAAAAAUGAAUGCCACUUUUUUGGGGUUUUUUUCAUUGAUGAACCCCCCUGUCCUGUAUGGUUUCUAUUCUUAUUCUGUUGUAUUCAUUCUAGGGGCAGACAGCCCUGCAGACAACAGCAGAGAGUGUUGGCCUUUCACACAGCAAUGUGCCAUCCCUGUGUUUGCGUGUCUCUGUCGCAGGCCUUUGACACCACUUUAUUUUUGUCUUGCAUAAAGUAUAAAAAGUUAAUGACUUCUUGUUCCCUUGAUUUUUUAAUAUUUCUUGAGUAAAACGGAAUGUUUACUUUGUUUUAAGUCUGGUCUGUUGGUUCUUUCGUUUAAAUAGGUGUUCAGAAAUGGAAUUUAUUACAUUUUAUGAUACACUUAUUGUUUAAGUCUGAGUAUGAAAAUGUUGCUGAGACAGCACAUUUGGUCUUAAGAUACAUGAAUGUUUUCAAUUUUGUAAUCCCUGUGUUGUUCAAAGUUGCACAACUUGUCAGAAAUGGUAAGUCCUGCUCUCAUGUGCUGAGUAUCAGUUUACUAACUUGUAAAGAAUAUAUAAGAAAAAAGUUAUUAAGUUAAAGAAGAUUACAUAAACAUGACUGGUCAUUUUGUGUGUGUGUGUGGAGUUGGGGGGGACAAAAAAAAAUUAUAAAGUGAUAGUUAAUGCCAGAAAAGAAUACUAACAUGGUAAAACAGAAAUAGAAUGUAUUGGUGGCUCCAACCAUCCACCGGCAGGUUGGAUGAUUGAGAUCUUGUGUCAUUUUUUUGUUGUUGUCUAUCAUCAUAAUAGUUGAGUAUUGGGGCCUGGUCAAACGCUCCAUAUUUCUGUCCCAAACCAAGUAUUCUUACUGGCUUUCGUCUGAUGAAGACUGAGAAGUUACACAUUCCAUGUACAUAGUUCUAAGUUUGGUUUUUGUUUUUAGCAUGUUUAUGGGAAGUGAGAAGGUUCAAACUGCUGUUUUGCUUGCUUGAUUAUUUUUUUAAAAACAGUACUGUGUGACUGAGGAACGACCCUAAAUCUCUUUUCGUCUCAGUCUUCAGCCACCCACGUGUCCGUACUCAGCUGGUGCUGUGUUUGCGGUGCACAUCUGAAGAGAAAUUUUCCUUGACCGUAAUCUGGUUCUGAAAUAAAUUUUGUGAAGCAGGAGGGACGGAAAACUGUCAUUGUAUUUUACAGUUGGUUAUGAGCUGAGUCUUUCAGACUUUCUCAACAAAUUGAAGUCUUAAAAAGCUGAUCUUGCUUCUUGUGCAAACUGUCAAAAUAAUAUAUCAUGUAAGGAUUCGAGCUGUACCUUUUCUCCAGAAAGUAGCAUGAAAAACAAAAACUGAGUGAAGUAAGGUUUGUGUUAGAUCAAGACAGAAAAUUGUGAAAUGCAGAUGUCAUCAACCCUGCAGAUUAAAGUAAACUUGUCAUAAAUUUGGUGUCCUACUAUUACUGAUACAUGGUACAUAUAACAGGGAUUUUUGUUUCUAUGUUUAAAUCAUGUCAUUUUACUUUUCAAUUCACUCUUUUAUUACUCUGUUCAGAUCCCCUCAGUUAUGGUCUUUUUUCUGCACUCUGUUCCGUCUCCCCACAUAGCACUGUGUUCAAUUCAGUAAGAGCAAUUAUCAUACUUUAGGAAACAUUGUUGACUUAAUAUUUACAGUUCAGUACUUUUCAAUUUUUGUCUAUAGUCCUACUGAACACCUGGAUGUACCUAGUGGGUCAGAAGUCUGUUCGUUUGUCUGGAUCAUCAAAAUAUUAUUUAUCUGUACCCUCUUGUACCCGUCUGUGCACAGAAUUGCCUUGUGGAUUUUUGCCAUUAUCUGGUGCUCUUAUCGUAUGGACUAUGUAAUUCAUCCUACCUUUCCUUUCCCAUUACGUUCGUGUGGAUUGGACAAGUUUCCAAUCCUCCGUAUAUUUUCAUCCUUUUCCUCCUGCUCCCUCCCCCUGCAGCCCUUUUGAUCCCAUUCAGUAUGAAAUGUAUACUGUUACUUCACCCAAUCAGGCAUGUACAAACAUAUUCAAUGAUGCAAUAGUAUGUAGGUUCCAUCAUCAUACACUCAUAUUACUCGAAUAUUUGCUAAAAAAGUUGUUUUACUUUUUUGAGGUUUCCUAUGUGUGCUGUGCUUGUCAUGCCAUGUGUUUGUAAGGUACUACAUUGAAUGUUUUACGUCUGAUAUGAUAUUUGAUGUGCGUUUGUUUGGGAAGAGGGGUGUUGCUGGUUACUAAUACAGUGUAUUUGAUCCCUAGCAGGCUACAUCUAUCUAACUUUUGUUGUGAAUUGUGUUAACUUUCCAAACUCUAAAACGAAAUGAGCUCCUUGGUUAUAGGCAUUCCAUAAUGGGCGAGGACGUGCGUCUGCAUCUGUGUGUGAGCGGGAUGGACAAAGUGUCUGUGUAUAAAUAUCUGUACCCAUAGCAGAGAAUGUGCAAUACAAAUGUGUCACAAGGCAGGGGCUUCACCUAGCCUUUUAUGCCCAGCCCUUUUCUUCACAUUCAUAUACUCUGUGAUGAUAUUGACUGCUUUGGCUACUCAUAGAUAAUGUAUGAUACAAAGUGAGAGUGGGCUUUGCGGUUUGCUGUGGAUGAGUUGAGCAUUGAUCACAUACCCUUCCAAAUAUCAUGAAUACUACAGUCUUUUGUGACAGGUAAUAAUACAUGUUAUUGUAUUAUGCGUUUUAGAACAAAGUUUAGAGUAUAUAUUUAUUAUCAAGCAGCAUUUAUUUAUUUCAGUUUUAGCUCCUUGAAAUAAUGUAAAAUGUAAGUGCUCUGAAAGAUGCUAGACUUGUACACAACUGCAGUUUGGAAUAUUGGCCAAAAAGAAAUAUUGUCCUUGUGAAUGCUGUAUCUACUUGCACGGACCCAGUAAAGUCUCAAAGCAAGCAUUAGUGUCAAAGGCCUGUGAGCUCGUGAAAUUGCUUUAUCGUGUUUAAGUCUCCCUUGAAAUGGGGUCUUUGGCAACCAGAAACAACCCAGUCAUUUCCCUUUUCCUCUUGUUAAUCUACAAAAUUGUUAUAGUGUGUAGCUUUUGCAUGAGACACAUGUCAUUGCUCCUUUUGAGUGAAGUAUACGAUGAUAGUUCAUUGACAUAUUUUGUAUUUGUUAUUGAAUGAAAAUUUGAUUAAUAAAGGAUAAAUCUAUGA